CGCCACCUCCAAAUCUACCCCACGAAACCCAGCAUCCACAAGACGUGCCCCUCUCCCGUCUCCAUCCUCGCCCACUCGCAAAUCGCCCAGCUCGACCCCACCGGCGCCCGCACCCGCCUCUUCUCGCUGCAAAACCCCGAGUGCGCCCGCGUCGGCGACAUCCUCCUCGUGCGCCAGCGCACCGGCGACCCCUUCGCCGGCGUGUGCAUCAGCAUCCGCCGCCGGGGCGUCGACACGGCCAUCCUGCUGCGCGGCCAGCUCACGCGCGUCGGCGUCGAGAUGUGGUUCAAGAUUUACAGUCCGUUGGUGGAGGGCAUUGAGGUGGUGCAGAGGGCGCAGAAGAGGGCGAGGCGCGCGCGGUUGACGUAUAUGCGCAAGGCGAAGCAUGAUAGGGGGAGUGUGGAGAAUGUGGUGCGCGUGUAUCUGAGGCAGAAGGCGGCGUUGGGGUCGGCCGAGGGGAAGAAGAAG